AUGAAUCAGCUUAAUGUCGAAACUAAUUUGAAGAAGACGAAAUUUCGUCAUAGGCAUCUAAGUGAGAUAGAACGAAAACUAAUGGUUGACUGGUUACAGAAACAUGAGAUUGUAACACGGAAACUAAGUCGUGAUUUCUCUGAUGCAGUACUUAUGGCCAAGCUACUUAAAAAAAUUACACCUAAAUGGAUUGAUAUUCAUAACUAUCCCUCUCGUAAUAGCUUCAAAUUGAAACUAAUUAAUUGGGAGACGAUGAAUUCCAAGGUAUUUACAAAACUUCAAAUAAAGUUGAGCAAACUGUUUAUGGAAAAAAUUGCAAAAGCUGAGCCUGGUAGUAUUGAUAUUUUGCUGUAUGAAAUUAUGUUAAUGGAUAAGAGCAACCCAGUGAAUGAGCAAAAAGCAAUUCUUGAAGAGAAAGCACGACGUGAAAACGGUGACAUCUUAGUGGUUACUGUUGGGAAGAAGAUUGGUAAGUCGAUUAUGCAGGUACCACAGAAAAUGAUACUUUAUUCAAUCUAUGAGAAAACGAUUGAUGAGUUGAAUGUUAACAAAACAAACUUGGAAGCCGCAUAUGAGAAGAUUGCUCGUUUUGAGUAUCUGUUGGGACGUAUUGAACACCUUACGGGACAAAUUUUCAAAUUGGCUAAUUCUACUUAA